AUGUAUGGAAAUUAUUCUCACUUCAUGAAGUUUCCCACAGGCUUCGGAGGUUCCCCUGGCCACUCUGGCUCCACGUCCAUGAGCCCGUCGGCAGCCUUGUCCACAGGGAAGCCCAUGGACAGCCACCCCAGCUACACUGACACCCCAGUGAGUGCCCCACGGACUCUGAGUGCAGUGGGGACCCCCCUCAAUGCCCUGGGCUCUCCAUAUCGAGUCAUCACUUCUGCCAUGGGCCCACCCUCAGGAGCUCUUGCAGCCCCUCCAGGAAUCAAUUUGCUUGCCCCACCCAGCUCUCAGCUAAAUGUGGUCAACAGUGUCAGCAUUUCAGAGGACAUCAAACCCUUACCAGGGCUUCCUGGCAUUGGAAACAUGAACUACCCAUCCACUAGCCCUGGAUCUCUGGUUAAACACAUCUGUGCCAUCUGUGGGGACAGAUCCUCAGGAAAGCACUACGGUGUGUACAGUUGUGAAGGCUGCAAAGGGUUCUUCAAGAGAACCAUAAGGAAAGACCUCAUCUACACGUGCCGGGAUAAUAAGGACUGCCUCAUUGACAAGCGUCAGCGCAACCGCUGCCAGUACUGCCGCUAUCAGAAGUGCCUUGUCAUGGGCAUGAAGAGGGAAGCUGUGCAAGAAGAAAGGCAGAGAAGCCGGGAGCGGGCUGAGAGUGAGGCAGAAUGUGCCAGUAGUGGCCAUGAAGAUAUGCCCGUGGAGAGGAUUCUGGAGGCUGAACUUGCUGUUGAACCAAAGACAGAAUCCUACGGUGACAUGAACAUGGAGAAUUCGACAAAUGACCCUGUCACCAACAUAUGCCAUGCUGCUGACAAGCAGCUCUUUACUCUCGUUGAAUGGGCCAAGCGUAUUCCCCACUUCUCUGACCUCACCUUGGAGGACCAGGUCAUUCUGCUCCGGGCAGGGUGGAAUGAAUUGCUGAUCGCCUCCUUUUCCCACCGCUCGGUUUCUGUGCAGGAUGGCAUCCUUCUGGCCACGGGUUUACACGUCCACCGGAGCAGUGCCCACAGUGCUGGGGUUGGCUCCAUCUUUGACAGAGUUCUGACUGAGCUGGUCUCCAAAAUGAAAGACAUGCAGAUGGAUAAGUCGGAGCUGGGGUGCCUACGAGCCAUCGUGCUAUUUAACCCAGAUGCCAAGGGUCUAUCCAACCCCUCUGAGGUGGAGACUCUGCGAGAGAAGGUUUAUGCCACCCUCGAGGCCUACACCAAGCAGAAGUACCCGGAACAACCAGGCAGGUUUGCCAAGCUGCUGCUGCGCCUCCCAGCCUUGCGCUCCAUCGGCUUGAAAUGCCUGGAGCACCUCUUCUUCUUCAAGCUCAUUGGGGACACACCCAUUGACACCUUCCUAAUGGAGAUGUUGGAGACCCCACUGCAGAUCACCUGA